AUCAAAAAAUAUAUAAAUCCUCCACCUCGUAUUUGCUGGUGGGGAGAGAACAGGGGACAUCGAAUCAGCACAGACUGCCUUAGAAUAUUUUGCAGCUGAACACCCCCACCCCAAAAAAAAAACUCAGUGAUAUUAUAUAUUUUUUUGUGUGAGUGAGAGUGAGCUUCUUGUGCAUAAUCUGAUCGACUUGACUUGAGUUGGGGCAGUGUUUUGAGUGAGUUCCCCAUACGCUUUUCCAAGAAAAUAAGGCAACUUUUAAGAGAGAGAGAGAGAGAGAGAGAGAAAAAGGAAGAAAGAAAAAAGUUUUAGGAAAACACAAGAGGAUUCCUCCUCCGUUGGGGCUGAUUUGCCUGCAGUAAGAUUGAGUUUAUUAGAGUAUACGCACCGCUCUCUACCCUAUAGCCAAGAUCCGUAACAUUACAGCGAUGAAUCCCUUCUCCUCCUGGGUCACUGUUGCUGCGUUGGUAGUGAUGGUGCAGGAAACGUGUUGCUUCAUUCUGCAGAAUGCCUCACACUUUGAAAGUUUGCUCAAGUACAGAAGCCACUGGAGAACCAAGCGAGCCAUCCUCCAGAUCGACAAAGAGGAAGUUUUACAACUUCAUAACAAGCUGAGGGGCCAGGUCUACCCUUCAGCCUCCAACAUGGAACACAUGGAGUGGGAUAAAGACCUGGAGAGAUCUGCGGAAAGCUGGGCCAAUGAAUGCAUGUGGGAACAUGGUCCUUCGCAGCUGCUCAAAUCGAUAGGUCAGAACCUGGCAGUGCAUUGGGGAAGAUAUCGCUCACCAGCUUUCCAUGUACAGGCGUGGUACGAUGAGGUGAAGGAUUACACCUACCCAUACCCACACGAGUGCAAUCCCUGGUGUCCUGAAAAAUGUUCCGGUCCAAUGUGCACCCAUUACACACAGCUGGUGUGGGCGACAACUAACAGAGUCGGUUGUGCUGUCAACGUCUGCAGAAGGAUGAACGUAUGGGGAGAGAUCUGGGAGAACGCCGUCUACUUAGUGUGCAAUUAUUCACCAAAGGGUAACUGGAUUGGAGAGGCUCCUUACCAACAUGGACGCCCGUGUUCUGAGUGCCCGCCAAGCUACGGUGGAGGCUGCAGGGAAAAUCUCUGCUACAAAGAAAAUACACUGAUCGAAGAAAAUAUUUUGACAAGACAGCAAUCGCCUGAGCAAACCAAUGAAGUGGAGCCCUAUGAGAUCAACCCCGACACAAUAAUGCCAAGGAUAAUGCAGCCGAGUUCAAAGGAGAUGCUCAACAGCAAGAAAUACAUGACUCAAGUCAUCAAGUGUGACACUAAAAUGAGAGACAAGUGCAAGGGGACAACAUGCAACAGGUACCUAUGUCCAGUGUAUUGCAAGAGCUCGAAGGCUAAAGUGAUUGGAACUCUUUAUUACGAAGUGCAAUCGAGCAUCUGCCGAGCUGCCAUUCACUACGGAAUAAUCAGGAACGAGGAAGGCGGGCUGGUGGAUAUCACUCGGAAAGGAAAAAUCCCAUUCUUUGUGAAGUCGGCAAAAUACGGCAUCCAGUCCAUAAGCAAAUUCAGGCCGGCCAAUGGAUUCGGUCUUUCCAGAGUGACCACACGGACAGUGGAUUGCUACGCUACAGUUGCUCAACUGUGUCCAUUCAGAAAGCCGGCUUCUCACUGUCCCAGGAUUAACUGCCCCCCAAACUGUAUGGAAGAAUUUCCCUUUUGGGCUCGGGUCAUCGGAAACAACAUUUACUCUGACAGAUCCAGUAUAUGCCGAUCGGCAGUGCACGCCGGCAUCAUUAAGAACCACAUCGGGGGCCUCGUAGAUGUCAUGUCCGUCGAGAAAAAGAACAAAUAUCCGUCAGUUUUCAAAAACGGGAUCCAGUCAGAGAGUAUGAAGAACCCUCCAGACGGGAAAGCCUUCAGAGUGUUUGCUGUGGCCUGAGUGAGGGAAUGAUUCUGACAGAACUCCAGUGGGUUUCCCAGACUGGCUUCCGAGGGUAGGAAGCACUAGGAUGAGAAACAUGAACAUAACUAACUGUGCAUGUCCGAUAACAGCCUUCACCACCUUCACUCCAAGAGGACAGUCAACGUUUUGUUUCUCAGACCGUGAACCCUACAUCUCAUACGUCAAGAAAAUCGAGCAAAACCUCUAGUGUGAAGAUUACCCCUCAACCCUCCUCAUCAUUUUGUACAUAAUAUUUUGAUAUUUUUGUUUUAAAUGCAGAGUAUAGUUACAUACAGCUGUGCUGGUAAGUCUAUAAGUUAAGUUGCUCAGCAUAAAGAGAGUUCAAUAUUUACUCACUGUACAAUGUGUAUUUUGGUGAAAUUUGUUGUGAGUGUGUGUUAGGGUGUGUGUCACUCCAUUCCUAUUCGACUUGUUUCCCUUUAACCUGGCCCGAGCACUGUGCGUGUGUACAUUCCUGGAACAAGUUCAAGAGGACGAUUCAUAAAAAAAAAAAAGCAAAUGGGUGCACAGAAGAGAUCUCUGGAAGCCAAGGCUGCCUUAUCCUUAGCUAAAAGCUGUUCUUAACUCCUUAACUUAGCUACCUUUUGAUCAUUGGUCCAUAUUGGUGCUUGUUUUCCUCUGCACCAGAAUGAAGGCAUUUUGGGAGGCUGGCUUCGAUAAUUGCAAAACGCACACUUUAUCCGGUACAGUACCUCGGAACAAAUCUUAUUAUUAAUUUAUAAUGUCCGCAAGCUCCAAGAGUCUUGCUUUCUGUUGCCCUGAAGGUGCAAGCAGUGUUUAAUGACCGUCAGGAUGUUGCGCUCAAUAACUCGUUUUUCUUGCCAAGGGGCUCGUCACCCGCACAGCCAAGUUGUCCUGGUGAAACGGUGACCAUUUUAGUAUGAAGUGAGGCAAAAAGAGGGCAGUUGUAAAUAUUAAAUGAAAUAAUGAUGCUUGGCGUUACACACAUAGGUAAGACUCGUCUCCUGUUAUAACUCUCAAAUGCUGUCCCAGGCCAACCGAAGAGAGUGGAAUGGAUCUUUGUGGUAUUCCUUAACAAAUCCGACAUGUUGAUUUACAAUUAUCCGACAAUCCCACUCUUUACCACUGGAGCUGAGUGAAGUCGUCUCUCACCUCAUCUUUCCUCGUUCUCUUUCUAAGAAAAAAAGAGAAAAAAGACUUUUUUUUGGGGGGGUGGGGCAAGGAUAUUCAGUAAAUGAGGCUUAAAGAUUGUCCUUUAAUGAGCCUUCUGAUCUCUUUUAUUUUUCUAAAAUCCCCUUUGGAAAAAGAGAAAUCGUAAUUGGCAGCGCGUACACGGCUAUAAUUCGCAUCAUAAGCAUUCAAUGAAAACUUGGCCACAGUUAACAAAUGCUGUAGUAUGCACUAACCCCCCAUGUGAAAACCUUGAGGUUUCUUACCAUAGUUUAGGGUAUGAUAUUCAAACCUCCCUCAUUGUAUUUCAACUUGUAACUCAUUCCCGAUUUCGUACUCGCGUCUAACGGCACUAUUAAAAAUAACUUUUCAUAGAGCCUGAAAUGACACACACUACAGACCUGUCCAGUUAAACAGUUAAACGCUCAAGGUAAAGUGGAGCUCAGCAUUACAUUUGGCACCUACCCUUCUGUUUGCUCUCAGAUGCCGUAGGGAGAAUUCAAAGGAAAGUUUUCUAGAGAAUCAACGCUGGAAAAAAAAUACGUUUUCCAAAAGUUGCUGACUACAAUUUGAUGUCGAAUUUACUUAAGUGAACUUUCCGUUCAUCAUGAACCUUGUUAAAUUUCAAUUAAAGGAAAAGGAAGGGAGGAGGGGGGAGAGAGAGGGAAGGAAUCCAAUGCACCAUUUGAUACAAACAAGAGACCAGUGUGUGGUUUUAGGGAAAACUGAAACAGGCUAUUUCAAGAUCGGCAGCAAUAGCAAGAGCAGGUAGCAUGGAAAUAAUGUAGUUUUUACCCGACUGAAGGACGUGAAAGAAGGGGAGAGGGGGAAUAAACACAUUGCUGAUAUUUGCAAGCUGUCUCAUUCCGUCCCAAACUGGAAUGUUGAGCCACUGCAGUCUACUGUAGUUGUUGAGUGGAAUUUCCCAACACUGUGUGCAAAGUAUUUUAACACUGUUUGAACUAAUGAUGUUGUCUUGACUUUUGCUACACAUCUUAACGUUCACGCAAAGUGUGCGUUCCUCAGUCUUUGUUUGAAGCUGGAUUAUUUUUUCUUUUUAAGUUUUUACGAUCCUCAAGCGUGCCACCUGUGAACUAAAUCCCAGCCCGAAACCUGUAAGAAUCUGAAUUGGAUAUCACGCACGAUUUGCAAAAAAAAUAAAGUUGGCUUUCUAACCAAAGCGCAAAGCAAGUGAAAGAAAGUUCACGUUCAAAAAGGAAACGUUGCUGAGAUUUGAACAGCUCAGAUUUCUGAAUUGGUUCAAUGUCCGCAGAUUCCCUGUGGGAGAAUCCGCAUCGAAAGGUUCACUCUGUAAAGUAUGACUCGCCUUCUAAAGUCAAGUAAAAUAUUUUCCCAAAGAUCCAAACCAGACUGAAGUUCCACAUGUGUAAGCCACCGACACAUGGAAAUUUCCCCUGGGUCUGGAACUGUGCCUCUCUCCCCAGAGGCAUGCACCCUGCCUACCUGAAUCCGGAGAGCAUUGGGGUGCAGGUUGGCGAGAGCCCUAGACUUGGGAGACCUCAGAGGUGUGCGUUGAGAGUACCUGCUGGAGCCUAACUGGCUAAAAAUGCACCGCUUGUUACUGAGAGCCCUGUUUCUGACAAGCUUCCCGCUGCUUGGCCAACUACAACCCCCGUUAGGGCUUUGGCUUGCAGGGUUAACAAGUACAACGAUUCAGUUUUGCAUUGCCUUCUUGCGAGGGGGAUGAAUUAUGUCUUCAGACUCCUUAUAUCUGGCUUUCCGUGCCAAAUGUAGAUCCUUCGUUAAGGGCACCCCCUUCUUAAAGACACAGUGUUAAUUUAUGUUCUUAAAAAGAACACCUUUAAGCGCUCUGGGGACGCUAACCUGCGUGAGGGGUGCUGUGUAAAAUGCAAGUUGUUGUUGUUGAAGAAUGGGGCCAUCUUCAAAUCGUCCUCGUAAAAUGCUUACUUCAUGGCAUAAUUCUCCCAUUAUUGAUACUGAAUGUACUGCAUUGCAAAGGAUGAAUAAUAAACGUAAGCAUGUUUCUUA